UUAAAAAAAAAAAAAAAAGGUCAUACUUUUACAACUAACAAGCUGCUAAGAAAAGCAAAGUUCAAGAGUUGACUUUGGACAUUUUUUAUUAAUCAUAGAUCAACUUGCUCAAAAGUAAGAUUAAAGUCCAAGGCAGUGAAGGAACUCCAUCGGAAGUUUUUGUUCUAGUUUGCCUCCCAAGGCACCCAAAAAAAUAAAAUAAAAUAAAAAUGGAGGGAUGAUCGUCACCGUUCUCUAGACGUCGUCGUGGUCUAAAGAAUGAUACUUUUACAUGGUGUCGUGGUCUAGAGAAUGAUACUUUUACAUGGUCAUACUUUUACAACUAACAAGCUGCUAAAAAACGCAAAGGUUCAAUAGUUGACUUUGGACAUUUUUUAUUAAUCAUAGAUCAGCUUGCUCAAAAAUAAGAUUAAAGUCCAAGGUAUUGAAGGAACUCCAUCGGAAGUUUUUGUUCUUAGUUUGCCUCCCAAGGUACCCAAAAAAAAAAAAAAAAAAAUUGGAGGAAUCAUCAUCAUCAUUCUCUAGACGUUUUCGUGGUCUAGAGAAUGAUACUUUUACAAGGUCAUACUUUGCAACUAACGACCUGCUAAAAAAAAAAAAAAAAGCAAGGUUCAAGAGUUGACUUUUGACAUUUUUAUUAAUCAAAGAUCAACUUGCUCAAAAAUAAGAUUGAAGUCCAAGGUAGUGAAGGAACUCCUUGGGAAGUUUUUGUUCUUAGUUUGCCUCCCAAGGUACCCAAAAAAAAAGGAAAAAAAAAAAUGGAGGGAUCAUCAUCAUCAUUCUCUAGACGUCGUCGUCGUCGUCUUCUUGGUCGUCCUUUUCCUCGUCCUCUUUCUAUUACUAAACCUUCAAACUAUGAUGAUGUGCUCAAGAUUUUCAGAGCUGAAGGCACCAGGAGUAGCAUCUCGGCUCCUGAUCCCAAUCUUCUUCCUCCUCCUCAUCCUUUUUCUCCUGCUCCUCCGGAUCCUUCUGAGGUUAAAAAAAAGUAUGACGUUUUCUUGAGUUUUAGAGGUGAGGAUACCCGAAACAACUUUACGGCUCAUCUCUAUGCUGCUUUGACUCAAAAAGGAAUUUACACCUUCUUAGAUGAUUAUAAACUUGAGAGAGGUAAAACCAUUUCCCCAGAACUUGUUAAAGCUAUUGAAGGUUCGAUCUGUUCGGUUAUUAUUCUCUCAAGAAACUUUGCUUCUUCAACAUGGUGUUUGGAUGAACUUGUCAAAAUUCUUGACUGCAUGAAGACCCGGGGACAGAUUGUACUGCCAAUUUUCUACCAUGUGGAUCCAACCCAUGUAAGAAAGCAGACUGAAACUUUCGGUGAAGCAUUCGCCAAACACGAACAAGAUUUUAGAGACAGCAUGGAGAGGGUGCAACGUUGGAGGGCUGCCUUAACAGAAGUGGCCAAUCUGGCGGGAUGGCAUUUACCAUUUGAUAGGGAUGAAGCAAAAUUUAUACGGGAAUUUGUUGCCGAGAUCAUAUCAAGUAAACUGAAUGUAGAAAUGUUAAAUGUUUCUGAGGACUUAGUUGGAAUGGAUUCACGUUUAUUGAAAUUGAAUUCAUACGUUUGCACAUCAUUGGAUGAUGUUUGCAUGAUUGGAAUUUGUGGGAUGGGUGGCAUUGGCAAGACAACUAUUGCCAGAGCAUAUUAUAAUUGGAUGUCAUCUCGAUUUGAAGGUAGCAGUUUUCUUGCAAAUGUCAGAGAAGUUUCGGAAAAGCAAGGUUUGUUAUCCUUGCAAAAGCAGCUUCUUCAAGAGGUUUUGAAAGAAAGAUAUGACGAUAUAAGGUAUGUUGAUGGAGGAGCAUAUCUUAUUAGAACAAGGCUAAUCCAUAAGAAGAUUCUUGUCGUUAUUGAUGAUGUUGAUCAAUUAGAACAGCUAAGAAAAUUAGCUGGGAAAAGUGAUUGGUUUGGUUCAGGAAGUAGAAUCAUCAUAACAACUAGGGAUGAAAGUUUGCUUGUAGGACAUGGUGUGAAAAUAGUGUAUAAAAUGGAGGAGUUAAAUGAUGAUGAAUCUCUUCAACUCUUUACUUGGAAUGCCUUUAAAAACGUCUGUCCUUCAAACGAUUAUGCAAGGCUUUCCGAACAAGUGAUAAGAUAUGCUAAUGGGCUUCCAUUAGCUCUUGAAGUCUUGGGUUCAUUUUUAUGUGGCAAAAGUUUAACUGAAUGGGAAAAUGCAUUAAAGAGACUAAGAGAAUACCCCAAAAAGGAGAUCAUUAAAGCACUUCAAAUAAGUUUUGAUGGACUUGAAGAAACAGAGAAGAAUAUAUUUCUAGAUGUUGCAUGCUUCUUUAAGGGACACGACAAAGAUUAUGUUAUGAGGGUACUGGAUAGCUGCGGUUUUUAUCCUGAAAUUGGGAUACGGGUUCUCAUUGAUAAAUCCUUACUGAGCAUUAAAGAUAACACAUUAUGGAUGCAUGAUUUAAUACAAGAGAUGGGUUGGCAAAUUGUUCGAGAAAAAUCCCACAAAGAGCCUGGAACUCGAAGUAGAUUGUGGAAGGUUCAAGAUCUGAUUCAUGUUUUCGAAAAUAAUACAGGCUCGGAAGAAGUUGAAGCCAUAGUUGUCAAAGAUUUUCAGCUUCCACAACAAACAAAAAGAUUGAUCAGUUGUGAAGCCCUCUCCAAGUUGAAGAAAUUAAGACUGCUUAUACUUGAUAAGCUAACCUUCUUGCCAGAUCUUGAGGAUCUUUCUAACGAGUUACAGUUCCUUGAUUGGCAUGGUUAUCCCUUGAAAUGUUUGCCAUCAAGUUUCCAACCAGCUGGACUUGUUGAACUUCACUUGGCCAAUUGCCAUAUGGAACAUCUUUGGAAUGGUAGAGUUAAGCCUUUAUACAAUUUGAAAGUCAUUAAACUGCAUUGCUGCUACAAUCUAAUGAAGAUAUUUGAGGACUUCAGAGUGGUUCCAAAUUUAGAAAAGUUGAUUCUUUACAGUUGUACAGAAUUGUUGGAGGUUCAUCCAUCUAUUACAACUCUUGAAAGGCUUAUUGUACUGGUUCUGACAUUCUCUGAUAAACUGAAAAAUAUCCCAAGCGGCAUAAAAGGUUUGAAAUCUCUAAAAGUUCUUAAUGUUUUUGGUUGCUCAAAGCUUUGCGAGUUCCCAGAGGACUUGGGAUGUUUAAGGAGUUUGGAAGAGCUCGAUGCAAGUGGAACUGCAAUAACACACCUUCCAGACUCCAUUGUUCUUUUGAAAAAUCUCAGAAAAUUGUCUUUUUCUAAAUGGAGAGGACCUGAAUGGCAAAAUAUGUUCAGUGACAGAGUUGGAAAGGGUUUGUUGCACGGUCUUUUAUCUGGUCUUUAUUCUUUAACUCACUUGGACCUCAAUAAUUGCAAUCUCGGGGAAGGACAAAUUCCUGAAGAAAUUGACUGCUUAGUUUCUUUAGAAGAAUUGAAUUUAAGCAAUAACAAUUUUAUUACACUACCUGCCAGCAUCAGUCAACUCUCCAAGCUUAGAUUUCUUCAUUUGGAGUCUUGUCAAUGGCUCAGAUCAUUGGGGUCAGAGCUUCCAUCUAGUCUGGAAAUGGUAAAAACUAGUUAUUGUACUUCAUUGAAUACAUUCUUAGAUCCUGUGAGCGAAUGCGACUUGCGGUGCUCUGCUGUUUGCUUGGAGUGCAUGGAAUUGGUAGAUAGGCAAGGCAGUGAGAUGACUGCAAUUGCAUCAUUGAAAAGAUACCUUCAGAAUCCUGCUCAUCCGUGCGAAAUGUUUCAAAUCAUACUUCCUGGAAAUCAAAUUCCAAAGUGGUUCAAGCAUCAAAAUAAAUGGUCAUCCAUAAGCAUAAAGCUUGACCCAAAUUUGUGUAGUAGUAGAUGGUUGGGUUUUGCUGUUUGUGCCUACUUUGCUGCUGAUGCUUCUGCACAUUUUGGUUGUGGUGUGAUGAUCAAUGAUAACUACUGGACACAUGGAACCGUGCCAUUACCAGGCACCCCAAUUAAUUCAAAUCAUCUAUGGCUAUUCUAUUUGCCUCGUGAUAAGUACUUCCUUACUGAGUGUAAGAACACCUGCUAUGACAUUGAGUUUACAUUUGAUCCUUAUGGCUUCGGCUACAAAUCCUAUAUAGUGAAAGGCUGUGGUGUCCGUUUGGUUUGCGAGAAAGACGUCCAAGAAUUCGACGAAGCAAUGACCUUUAUGAAUGUGGACGGAUGAGACAUGCUCUUUUUUUUUUUUUUUUUUUUUUUUCAGUUUUUAAUUUUUAAUUAAGUAGAAUCCUAUGUUUUCAUUUAGACCAGUAUAAUCCUGCACUUUUUUUAUAGCUGUUUUAGUUUGAGAAGAAUAGUGGGGCUAGCCUAGACGGCUGGUUUAGUGUUGUUAAAAAUUUUGAUUUUUGUAUGAAAUAUGAACAUGUGGUGUUUGGUUGUGGUAAAGCUCUCUAGU